AUGGCUAUGCAAGCUGCUCUGGGUUCUCGGGUCCUGCUAAUCGCCGGAGCAGGUUAUUUAGGUACUGUGUUGAUUCAGAAAGGCAAAUUAUCUGAUUUGAUCGGUGAAAUUCAGGCUUUAGUGAAGGGAAUUGAGAAAGGUGAUUCGGAUGGCGAGACGGGUCAGGCGGACGUGCUCACGCAUCAGGUGGGUCUAUUGACCCAACAAGUUCGACAACUCGGUUCCUUCCGGCACAUUACGGUUCUGAAUAAUGGUCAAUCAGGUAAUUAUACUGGUCUUAUAAUUCCAGCAGCUACAGUUGGAGCUGUGGGUUAUGGUUAUAUAUGGUGGAAGGGUUGGAAAAUUUCAGAUCUUAUGUAUGUGACAAAGCAGAGUAUGACAGCUGCUGUUUCGAAUUUGACAAAGCAUCUGGAGGGCGUGACUGAUGCUCUGGCUAAAGCAAAGGAACACCUAACACAGCGCAUUCAUGGUUUGGAUGAUAAGAUGGAUGUGCAGAACGAGAUCUCUCGGAAAAUUGAAAGUGAUGUUAAUACUAUCCAUGAUAAUAUUCAGAUGCUUGAUUCUGAAGUGGGGCAGUUGAUAAGUUUUGUCAGUGGGUUGGAUAAGAAGCUGGAUUCAUUGGAGUACAAGCAGAGUCUAGCUAAUUAUGGCAUUGACUACCUGUGCGACUUGGUCAAGGGAAAGAAAGUGAUUAUGUCCAAAGAAAUGGAGGUAGAGUCUAUUUCGGGGAGCAGUCGUGCAAUUACAUUCCCUGGUGAUUCAGGUUCCAUGGGUCUUAAGGCGCUGGACUGUUUAUCUAGAAAUCCAAGUGUUACUGAUGGCAUCCAAGUGAAUGGAGAAGAGCCACAGUCCCCGUUCCGUCUUGUUCUACCCAGGGUUAAUUCUGUGAAGGCUUGA